AUGAGUAGGUGUAAUAGAUACAUUACGGUUAACCUUUCAUAUUUUUCUCUCUUGUUGUUCUGUUUUUAUGCCUGUGGACUCACAACUGAUGUUCCUCCCAUUGCUGACCAAUUCACAGGAACUACUAAUGCGACUUCAUCAACAGUUUAUAUUCAUUUGGACCAUGGUGAUACAAGAGAAAUAACCUCACCAAACUAUCCUGCCGAUUACUACGAUAAUGCUGUGAUAGUCUGGGCGGUCUCUGCUCCACCGGGGUAUGGCUUGAGGGCGCACUUCACAGAUUUCAGACUGGAGGAAUAUUACGAUUUCUUGACUGUGAACGAAGGUCUCACCCCUCGUUUCGAGGAGAGUGUAGAGUUGGCCCGCCUAACAGGCACGCAGGAUCCAUGGAUCACUAUAUCUAAUGGACCUUACGUCUGGCUCAGGUUCACCAGUGAUGGUAGUGUGACCAAUCCAGGGUUCAGAUUGAUCGUGGGUGUCGUGAAUAUAUCAGCACCAAGAAACGGAUCCUGCUCAGACAGCUGCUGUGUGAACUCAGAGUAUUCGUGUAAUCCUGAUGGUUGCUACUGUGACAGCAUGUGUGUUGAUAAUGGAAACUGUUGUGACGACUACUCCGACGUAUGUCCCACCCCUGGGAAUGGAACUGCACAGCCUCCAACACAGUUUACUACGCCCUCGUUGAUUUAUACUAACGUCGUAAUAUCCAACACGACAUACCAAAUGCAGAUACUGAAUGAAAUCGUAAACGUGUCGUCUCCGAACUAUCCCAACAACUACAACAACUUCGAGAACAUCUUCUGGCAUGUUCAAGGCCACGUCGGGUACGUCCUGGCUAUACGUUUUGGGAGAGUGGCCAUGGAGUCGUGCUGUGACUACGUUAGUCUUCACGUCGGCAGUUCCGAUAUCUUCGAGGAAAGUACGCAGAUAUUCAACCUGACUGGCGACCUGAGUGGCAAUAACUUACCAGAUGACUAUUGGUCUGGCAAUCCCAAUAUGUGGCUACAUUUCCAUACGGAUGGAUCCGACACGGACCAAGGCUUCAUCGCAUGGACGCAUGUUGUUCCAUCCUUUGGAUGCGAUAGCGAUCAGUACGAAUGCCAAAAUGGACAAUGCAUUUCAAUGGGUGCUGUAUGCAAUGGAAUCAAUGACUGUUUAGAUUCAUCAGAUGAAUCUAACUGUGGAACUACAAAUCCGAAUUCAUCAACAGCACCAAGAAACGGAUCCUGCUCAGACAGCUGCUGUGUGAACUCAGAGUAUUCGUGUAAUCCUGAUGGUUGUUACUGUGACAGCGUGUGUGUUGAUAUUGGAGACUGUUGUGAAGACUACUCCGACGUUUGUCCCACCCCUGGAAAUGGAACUGCACAGCCUCCAACACAGUUUACUACGCCCUCGUUGAUUUAUACUAACGUCGUAAUAUCCAACACGACAUACCAAAUGCAGAUACUGAAUGAAAUCGUAAACGUGUCGUCUCCGAACUAUCCCAACAACUACAACAACUUCGAGAACAUCUUCUGGCAUGUUCAAGGCCACGUCGGGUACGUCCUGGUUAUACGUUUUGGGAGAGUGGCCAUGGAGUCGUGCUGUGACUACGUUCGUCUUCACGUCGGCAGCUCAGAUAUCUUCGAGGAAAGUACGCAGAUAUUCAACCUGACUGGCAACCUGAGUGGCAAUAGUUUACCAGAUGACUAUCGGUCUGUCUAUCCCAAUAUGUGGCUACAUUUCCAUACGGAUGGAUCCGCCACAGACCAAGGCUUCAUCGCAUGGACGCAAGUUAUUCCAUCCAUUGGAUGUGAUAGCGAUCAGUACGAGUGCCAGAAUGGACAAUGCUUUUCGUUGAGUGCUGUAUGCAAUGGAAUCAAUGACUGUUUAGAUUCAUCAGAUGAAUCUAACUGUGGAACUACAAAUGCAACAGUUUAUAUUCAUUUGGACCAUGGUGAUACUAGAGAAAUAACCACACCAAAUUAUCCUGCUAAUUACUACAAUAAUGCUGUGAUAGUCUGGGCGGUCUCUGCUCCAUCGGGGUACGGUUUGAGGGCGCACUUCACAGAUUUCAGACUGGAGGAGAAUUACGAUUUCUUGACUGUGAACGAAGGUCUCACCCCUCGUUUCGAGGAGAGUGUAGAGUUGGCCCGCCUAACAGGCACGCAGGUUCCAGAGUAUGCAAUAUCGAAUGGACCUUACGUCUGGCUCAGGUUUACCAGUGAUGGUAGUGUGACCAAUCCAGGGUUCAGAUUGAUCAUGGAUGUCGUGGAGAUAUCAGGAACUAUAAAUACAAAUUCAUCAACAGCCACAAUUAUGCUGAGAGAAGGUGAAACCGCCGCGUUGGCAUCGUACGGUUAUCCAUCUCAAUUCUACUCAAGAGAUUUAUUCUUGACAUGGAGGGUAGCACCUGUCGAUGCCUCGCUGGCUAUGAUCGUCAAGAUGGAGUCUGUAAUCCUUAGGAGUUCCUCAGCUACUCUAGAAGUAACUUCGAUAGAUCCUAACCCUGGUGAAUUCUACUCUUGGAAAUUUCGAGGGGAUUUGGACCAGCGCUUCUUCCAGACUGCCGACAAAGUGUUCCCGAGCGGUCAGCUUGACAUACAGGCCCGUGGCAGGUUCACUACGGUGGCAUUUAAGAUAGAGGUCGUACCAGUGCAGUUGGAAGACAUAAUAAUCUGUGGCGAUCACCUGAUCACCGAAAGGAACUUGUGCGACGGAAUAUUGGACUGCUCGGAUAAGAGGGACGAGGACAAAUGUGGUCAAAAGGAAGGGUUUUUCGUUUCCCAAACGGAUCAACUCUUGAUCUCGCCUUUGUUGUAUGAGGAAUACAUCAGCAUCACCAGACCUCUCCAACUCAUCUGGACGUUCAUGAACGUGGAACCUGAAUUGAAGAUACUCAUCAAUAUCCGGAGUCUCGUUGUUCAACCUGAGGACAGCAUAACACUAGGAUCUGGUCCUGAUCCUUAUGACGAAGAUAGUGUCAUCUUCAAGUUUGAAUCGACAUAUUUUCGUGAUACGACCGGAGAGAUCAUACCAGAUAUUGCGCUUCAACUUCAAUCUUUCUGGGUGCGAUACGAGAGGGUCUCCGAAACGGCUAGCCUUGUCUUCCAAGUCAAUACUGUGAGCGAAGAGCCAUUACAAUGCCCUGCAGAUGAGCUACCAUGUUCGGGACCAUUUACAGGAUGCUACUCGGAACAAGAAACCUGUAAUGGCGUCUUUGAUUGUUUUGAUGGGCAAGAUGAGGAUGGCUGUGAGUGUCCAAAUAUUUGGGAAGCUCGAUGUACCCUACCAACAGUAGGAAGCCUUUGUAUUCAUCGUCUUGAGUUCUGUGAUGGGAAUGUUCAGUGCGGGGAUGAUGAAUUGGAUUGCACUUUCCAGUGCGACAAUGGACGGGUGAUUGCAGAGAGGUUUGUGUGCGAUGGAUACAAUGACUGUGGAGACAGUACAGACGAACACCAGCAGUGUGAGUGUGCUGCGCACCAGUAUGACUGUGGAGAGCGGUGCAUCCUUCAAAAUGAUGUAUGUAAUGGUUAUGUGGACUGUGCUAACGGCAGUGAUGAGGAAGACUGUUCUUGUCAGAGCUUCGAGUUUGAGUGCGGUAACGGAUCUUGUGUGCCGUUCUGGAAAUUCUGCGACGGAAAUUAUGAUUGUUCGGACCACUCUGAUGAACAAAGAGAAAACUGCAGAUACUGUCCAGGAAAUUAUUUCCAGUGCCUAGACUUCUCGGGUUGUCUGACAGUUGAUUUGAUCUGCAACGGUUCACCUGACUGCAUGGAUGCUAGCGAUGAAUCUGACUGUGGCAACAUGACUCCGAAUAGGACUAUGAAUAACCAAACAGAACCUAGGACAACAUGGGGGCCUGCACCAUUACCCACCUGGAGACCCGAACCCGAAGGCACAUGGACACCUGAACCUGAAGCCACAUGGGGACCCGAGCCUGAAGGCACAUGGAGACCCGAACCCGAAGGCACAUGGAGACCCGAACCCGAAGGAACAUGGGGACCUGAACCCGAAGGGGGACCUGAAGGCACAUGGAGACCUGAACCCGAAGGCACAUGGGGACCCGAACCCGAAGGCACAUGGAGACCCGAACCCGAGGGCACAUGGAGACCUGAACCCGAGGGCACAUGGAGACCCGAACCCGAGGGCACAUGGAGACCUGAACCCGAAGGCACAUGGAGACCCGAACCCGAGGGCACAUGGAGACCUGAACCCGAAGGCACAUGGGGACCCGAACCCGAAGGCACAUGGAGACCCGAACCCGAGGGCACAUGGGGACCCGAACCCGAAGGCACAUGGAGACCCGAACCUGAAGGCACAUGGAGACCAGAACCCGAAGGCACAUGGGGACCCGAACCCGAAGGCACAUGGAGACCCGAACCUGAAGGCACAUGGAGACCCGAACCCGAAGGCACAUGGAGACCCGAACCCACUUGGAGACCUAAACCUGAGGAAACAUCAGAGCCUCCGUCAGUGAUAUUUGAAGGAUGUGGUCUUCGACCUGCUCUUGAACUGCACCGGGUGACCCACGGGCAGGACGUUACCAGUCUAGGCACGUGGCCAUGGCAGAUCGCACUCUACUGGGAUAACGAGUUUGCAUGCGGCGGCAGCAUUAUAAGUCCAGAAUGGAUAGUGACUGCUGCUCAUUGUGUUGAUCCCUCUUUCAGCCUCGCAAUCCAAGCAGGAACAUUGUCGUACAAUAUCAGUGCAGGAGGACCGGUCCAUCAAGUAGAGAAUUACUUCAUUCAUCCACGUUAUAAUGACGGAUCUGCGUUGGCCAAUGAUAUCGCACUUCUUAAGUUGGUCCAUCCUCUCACUUUCACGAAUGAGAUCGGACCUGUGUGCCUUCCAUCUCCCGAUGAUGUUUUAGAAGUUGGGUCUUAUGUCACCUUCACAGGAUGGGGCAGCUACACCAGACGAUACAGCCCCCUACCUGACUAUUUGCAAGAAGCCCGUAUGCCUGUCAUACCAAAUGACAUCUGCCAACGGAACUUCAAAUUCAUCCCAGUCCUUCCAUCAAUGUUCUGUGUAAUGUACCCUACGGGCUACAAUGGCAUAUGUACGGGUGACAGCGGCGGUCCUAUUGUGCAGCAGGACUCUGGAAGGUGGACCCUGUUUGGUGUUACCAGCUGGGGUGCAGUGUGCGGUGGACAAUACCAGCCAGCUGGUCUGACUCGUGUCUCUAGUUUUAUGGAUUUCAUUGCCUACACAAUCCAUGCCAAUUAGAAAAGAAUACUGAAAGUCUAUGAUUCUACACAAUUAGAUAAGGAAGCUUACAAUAUAUGAUAAGUGGAUAUCGAACUAUAGGGCUUAGUAUUAGUGUUUAUUACUUGUAUGAUAACAAUAGAUUUGAUUCAGGUGUUGAAAUAAGUUGUUUUGACUCGAUUUUAAAGCUUUUUAGAUGUUAAAGAUUUUACUGAAUUUUGUAUUCUAAACAAUGUAAUUAUAACAAUUAAAGUAAUGUUAAAAUGUAUUUGUUAUUUUUUAUAUGUGAACAUUUAUUUGUAAUUUUGUAUGAAAUGUAGAACUUUAUUUUGAAUUUCGUUUAGGAGAGGAAAGAAUACAAACUUAUAAAAACAAAAAGCACCACAAAGCACGUCUUCAAACUCACUAAGCAGGCAAAACAGAAGCCAUUUCCCCGUCUUUUACUUUCUUAAAAAGCAACAUUAUUUUAGGUUUUGAAGUGUUAGGUUCAUCUAAAACAUAAUGCUUGUAUAGAUAAUACUAGAAUAGCGAACAGGUUCAUAACCGCAAGUUUUGAUUUAAGUUCUCAUAAUUAUGUUUGACGUAUAUAGCAUAGUUAACUUACUUGUAUAAUAACAGAACUUUGCCUCAUGUCUGGUGGAUAGAAGAGCAUAAAUGAUAUUGUUGUACAGUGACUUGUUAAACGGGAUAAAGUGAGAUGAAUAUUAACACGGCGCUGAGGCUUAUAAACUUAAAAACUGAAUUCUUAAAUUUCAAAAUGUAAAAUUUAAGUUACAGACAUGACAGAGUCUCGUAUAACCUAGCAAUGUGUUGAUUUAAGUCAGCUUCAUAUCGUACUUAGAUUAUGUUUGGUAAGAAUAUUUAAACUCAUGAGCACCUAGUUGUCCAAUAUUAUUCCAUCGCAAUACUAUUUGUGUUUCUGUCGUUUUAGUUUAUAAUUAUAUAUUUAAUAUACUUCAAGGUGUGUAAUACUGCAUACUCAUUUACCAUAAAUGUGUAAUUAUUAUAAAUGUUCUUUAGGGUAAUGCAUGGAAAUCUAAGUAUCAUUCAUACUAAUAAGUUAGGUCAGUCGUGUUUUAUAAUUUUCGACAUUCACAUUAAAAUCAACAGGUAGCCAGUACUUAAUGGGAUUAUUAGAUGUGAAAAAUAUAGAGUGGCUGUAAUUCUUUGUAUUUCUAAUUAGGUGUGUAGCUCUGAAUGAAAUUUUUCGUAGGGUGUGUAUUUCAAGUUUUAUUUGUCAUAAACAGUGUAAUUCGAAAGUAAAGAAUCUUUCUCAAUAUAACGUCUUACUCUGAAUAUUACCUAAGGUGCGUAGUUUUGAAUACGCUUUCUUAUUAUUUAUGUAAUUUCGCAUAUAUUUCGCUUGUAAAGAGAGUAGCUACACGCUUAUAAUACUGCUGCUAAAACCAUUUUCAUACCGCAACGACUCCAAAUUCAGGAAUGUUUUAUCAUUUUCAACAGCUCCAAUAUAACAUUUAAUUUUCUUUCCAAGCAGA